AUGGAGUUGGCCAAGUUAUCCGGCCUCCUAUUGGCCUUAGUAAGCUCGACUGUUGCGGACUGUACUUUGAAUGACUUCAAUGUAACAGUUGGAGGGCGAGCCCAGCAUUUAACCCCUUUCUCCUUGCCCUGUUUCUCCAGCUACAAUGGGGAACCGGUGGCUCCCGACAAUGCUGCCUGCGCUGCUAUCCAAGAAAACCACUCGGAUCCGUGGCUGCGAACCAAUUCUCCCAAUGGUUACAUGAACAACCAGGAUGAGAUGUGGGCAUCCGAUCCUAGUGAUCAGUGCCUCCUUGAUAGUAGCAACCCGACGGAUCCCCUAGCGUUCUUGAACGCCACCUGUCGCCAGGGCAAUCUACCCUCGCACUAUCUUGAAGUGCAGAGCGAAACGGAUGUGAUUGAAGCUUUCAAGUUCUCCAGCUGCUCUGGCAAGAAACUCGUCAUCAAAAAUAGUGGCCAUGAUUACCUCACCCGCAGCAGUGGUCGUGACACGCUAUCUCUUUGGACGCGAAACCUGCGAUCUCUGCACUACAGUGCGGACUUUGCUCCCCGCGGCGCCAAAAACACCGCUCACAGAUAUAAAGCUAUCACUGUCGGCGCUGGAGUCAACUUCGACGAGGCGUACGAAUUUGCACAAAAAAACAACGUAACCAUACUUGGCGGCUACUCAUCCACCGUCGGCGUCUCAGGCGGUUGGGUACAAAACGGCGGUCAUUCCAUCUUGAGUCCCGUGUACGGUCUCGGCGUGGACCGUGUCCUCGAGUUCAAGAUUGUUACCCCAGACGGUGUCUACCGCACCGCCAAUGAAUUCCAGAACGCCGACCUUUUCUGGGCCCUCCGCGGUGGCGGCGGUGGAACCUUUGGCGUAGUCCUCGAAAGCACUCACCGUGUCGAGCCUGCUAUCCGUUUUGUCGCUGCCAACAUCAAGUUCCCCACCACCUCCACGAACAUGCUUCCAUUCAUGGAGAUUGUUGUCAACAACACCCUGAAAUGGGGACAGGAAGGAUGGGGCGGCCACAUCACCGGUAACACUCUCGUCAACAUCUCUCCGUUCCUCUCCACCGAGCAAGCCGAGGUCUCCCUGGCAAGCGUAAUCGCCUACGCCAAAGCAAACGGCGGCUCCGCCACCAUCGAAGAGUUCACGUCUUGGUACCCCUUCUACGAGAAAUACGUCAAGACCAGCUCCGUCGCCGUCGGCGUCACUCGCUUCCCCGGAAGCCGACUGAUCCCCCGCUCUAUCUUCGAGACUGAAGAGGGUCGCACGAACCUCAUGGAUUACUUUGCAACCAUCAAAUCACUGGGUCAGACACCUUACAUUCCCGUCGUCGGACCAGUGCUGUACAACUAUACCGAGGGAUCCACCAGUGCCACUCCCGCCUGGCGUGAGGCUAUCUGGGAAUUGGGAUCCGGUGCCUCCUGGGAGUGGAACGCUACCCUUCCCACCCGGAAACAGAAGAUCGCGUCCAUUCAGAACAUGACGGCCGUGAUUGAGGGUAUUACCCCUGGCAGUGGUGCAUACAGCAACGAGGCCAACCCGUUCACGACUGAUUGGGUCGAGGCGUGGUGGGGUGAUAACUAUGAGAAAUUGGUGAACAUUAAGAACAAAUAUGAUCCCCAAGGUUUGUUGAGCUGCUGGAAGUGUGUUGGCUGGAAGGAUUCGCAGGUUGCCGAUUCAUCCUUCGCUGCGCUUCUUUGA